AUGGACACAAAGCGUGACCUAAUCAAGACAUCCGGUGGUUGCCCUCAUGGCUGGACUGAGUUUAGAGAUCGCUGCUUUGUUUACGUUCCAACAUCCAUGACUUGGCCUAGAGCUGAGAGAAACUGCUUGUCCAUGGACGCAAACCUCGUAUCUGUGCACAGCAGCAGCGAAUACCAUAUGAUUCAGAAGAUGACUGCUCCUCAUGGCUACCAAACAACCUGGGUUGGAGGAACCAAUGCACCAGGGGAGCAUAUUUGGUUUUGGAGUGAUGGGAGGCCUUUCCAGUACACAAACUGGUGCCCAGGAGAGCCCAUUAGUGGUUCCCGUCCAUUUUGCCUACAGAUUAAUUAUAGUGAUGGCAAAUGCUGGGAUGAUGUGUGGUGUGAUAAUCUCCGUCCUUCUGUCUGUGCCAAGAAGAGAUCAGGACUCCUGGACUGACACACAUGAAAUCUGAAUCAAAACAGCAGACUGAACUACAAUGUUUCUGUUUUGCUCCAAUAUCUUUAUGUGCAGCAUUCUAUUUUCCUCUCUGUUUAACACUUAAACAACAAAAUCACAAGUCAACAGAAGUGUGAUUGUGUCAUCAGUAGACUGAUUUUACCAUGUUUUUUUGUAUUGUCUUCCAAGAAAACUAUUCUGUUUUAAUUCUUUGUUUUAAAGUUUCCUUCUUGCUACAUUAAAG